AUUGAAAAUAUUUAUAGUCGAAACAGUGUAACGAGAUCGAAGAGUAAAAAAAAACUAGUGCGAAUUUUAGAUAAAAGCCAAUCGUUUCGCGAAACAAUAGUUCUAGCAGCAGAAGAGGUGUCGAAUGAUUCGUUAGUUUCGUUGGUUCACGAUAGUUCGGCGGUGCGUCGGUCUGGUGUCUAGUGAGCCGGCUGGUCGAGGGGUGGCGGUGUAGUAGUAUCGCGCCGAAACAACCCUCAGUCUAAAAGUUAUCGCGGUCGGGUGUGUGUCUCUCUGUUGACGUCUUUCUGUGCGACUAUUUUCCGCAUACAUUUAUCUAACUACGUUUCUCUCGAUUGUGUUACAUCCUGGACUUGAUCUCGGAUGGCCUUCCCGAAUCUCACAGUGCGGUUCUUUUUCAAUCCGACGGAUAGAAGGUCAGGUUAAUUUUUGAAACGAAUUGACGAAUCAGCGACCAAGUUUCUAAACGGACGCGUUACCAGAGAGCAUCAUUUCGGAAACUUUGUCGGAAAGAAGACGUACCGUGUAGGUGUAGGAUUAAAUAAGGAGUUAACAAGCUACAAAGAACAGUAUGACAGUUGCGAGCGGCCGACGCUCGAAACGAUACGCGAGCCACUGAAGAGAAGGGAGGAUCCUUUGCCCGGGGAAGCGGACGAGAAGUGGUAAGCAAGAAGAUGAGAGUCCGUGAAAGUUGAAGUAAAAACCUACACAACGAAUAGCAACAGUCUGCCUCGUCCAUUGCGACCAGCCACAUAUCUCACGUUAAGAUGACAUAGAAUGGGUUGGGUGGCGCUAGGGCGGUGUGCGGGUGGUGGCGGCCGCCUCUCGUCCGUCCUCUCGCUGUCUCUCACCUCCCUCGCAAGCUCCCUCAUCUUCACCAUCCUCUGUAUCCUCACACUUGCCCUCACUCUUGUCACUCUCGUGCGUGCCGAGGACAUCUUCGAGGACGGCAAGUCGGACAAGGAGAUCCUGGACAACCUGCUGCUGUCGACCCGUUACGACAAGCGGCUUCUACCCCCGGUCCAAGAUGCGGAUUUCUGCUGCGGAAUGCGAUGGCCAGGUGACGCCACCGGCCUGUCGAACCGGUCGUCGACCUCCUCUAACGACCCCAAGAACCAGUACAAGAACCAGAACAAUAACCACUACACGUCGCACCAACACCUUCGCACCCACCUUCGCGGAACCUUGACCGUGAACGUGAGCGUGCUGUUGCUAAGUUUGGCUUCCCCAGACGAGUCCAGUUUGAAAUACGAGGUGGAGUUCUUGCUGCAACAACAAUGGUACGACCCGCGAUUACGAUACAGCAACCGGUCCCAAUAUGAAUUCUUGAACGCUAUUCAUCAUUACGAUGAUAUCUGGUUGCCGGACACGUACUUCAUAAUGCACGGAGACUUCAAGGACCCGCUCAUACCUGUUCACUUCGCCCUACGUAUAUAUCGCAACGGCACGGUCAACUAUCUUAUGAGGCGUCAUCUCAUCCUGUCCUGCCAGGGUAGACUCAAUAUCUUCCCCUUCGAUGACCCACUGUGUUCAUUUGCGAUCGAGAGCAUAUCGUACGAACAAACGGCGAUCACGUACGUGUGGAAGAAUGACGAGGGUACGUUGCGGAAGAGUCCUAGUCUAACGUCGUUGAACGCAUACCUCAUUAAGAACCAGACAAUCACGUGUCCGAUCAAAGUAAGCUGGAGAGCUGACGGACAGAUCAUGGUCGACUACGAGGACGAGUUCGAUGAGUUUGGGGACUCAAAGUGUUCGCUGUGCCAGCGCAGAUUUGAGGAGCAAGGUAACUACAGCUGCCUGAAGGUGGAUCUGAUUUUUACACGAGAUCGUGCCUUCUACUUCACAACAGUCUUCAUCCCGGGUAUUAUUUUGGUGACCAGCUCGUUCAUUACCUUCUGGCUUGAGUGGAACGCGGUACCGGCGCGAGUAAUGAUCGGUGUGACGACGAUGCUCAACUUCUUCACGACAUCGAACGGUUUCCGCUCUACGCUGCCCGUCGUGUCAAAUUUAACUGCCAUGAACGUGUGGGACGGCGUGUGUAUGUGCUUCAUCUACGCCAGUUUGCUCGAAUUCGUCUGCGUGAAUUACGUUGGCCGUAAACGGCCGAUGCACAAUGUCGUCUAUCGCCCCGGGGAGAAUCCUGUCACCCAGCGGCUCCCAGCGGUGCUCAGCAGGAUAGGGAUAAUAUUGGCCAGCCCCUUGACCCUGUCGCAGGGUAAAAAGAAGCGAGAGGGCGGUCCGCCGACCGGAGCCACGACAGGGCCGAACGAGAUCGUAACCUGCACCAAUUGUGGGCCCAACCCUUGCACGCACACGACAACCAAUGGAUGCACGGCCGAGCUGAGGAAAAAGGAACCGCCGCAUCCUAUAAGAGUGGCGAAGACGAUCGACGUGAUAGCAAGAAUCACCUUCCCGGUCGCCUACUUCAUGUUCCUCACGUUUUUCUUCAUCCACUACAAAGGCACUUCGUAGACCGACACGAGCGGAGGAGGCAAACAAACAAACAAACACACACACACAGAACCGGGGACAUUCAACCGCGGGACAUUCAUCAAAUACGAGACACGUGUUUCUCUUUUUUUCACGUGACGACGACGACUUUAUUUCAAUAAUCGAUUAAUUAAAUUCGGGGGAGGAGAGAGCCGGGGAGAGCAAGCAACGUUGUUGAACGUGGUUGGAAAAUGGUGUCUUUCUUGUCUCCGCUCGGGGGAAAAAAAAGAAAGAGAAACAUUGGUCGGAAGAGAGAGAAGAAAGGAAAAGAAAGGAAAGGAAAGAGAAAGUGUUUCGAAAAAUCGAUACUUUCGAAAGCAAAGUUGAUGUCGCGUUAAAUAACGUUUUGUGGAAAAAAAAAAUAAAAAAGUAUAGAACGCGUAAAAGAUCAGCUUAAAAGAGCGAAGGAUCGUAUUAGCUCGUCUUGGCUUUGAAAGGAAGAGGAAAAAAAAAAAAGAAACGAAGAGCAGAGAAACUGGCUCGAAUUGAUGGAGACACUCGCCUCUUCCUCAUCUUUUUCUCACAUGUGAUAAUUCUUCUUAAAAGCACUCUCUUUAUCGAAAAAAAAAAAAAGAAAAAAAAGCUUAAGUCCGACGAAUAAUAAUCGACAAAAGGCAUACAGACGAUAGUGAUAGAGAGCGAGAGAGAGAGUGAGAGAGAGAGAGAAAGCAUGUGCAUGCAUGGCGCGCGAAUGCUGAGCGUGAAUGAGAGGGAGAGAUAGAUAGAAAGAAAGAAGAGAGAGAGAGAGCGAAGAACGUGAUUUUUACGAUAUUUUCUUCUACUUAUCGGAUAACGACGUCACUAAUUCGAGGAUGCUUUUGAAAACUAGCUGAAAAGAAAAGAAAAGAAAAAAAGGAAAAAAAAAAAAAGAAAUCAAAUUUACUUAUUAUAACUUAAGGAAUGUUAUUAUAUAUAUACUUGUAAUCUCACUAUAUAUAAAUAGGUAAGGUCGAUGUAAGUGUCGUCCAUGAAAUCGCUAACUCGUGAUUCGCCUUUUACUUAAAUAUCGACCUUUUUUCUGUACUUUAUCGAUUACGAUUACCGUGGCAAAAACAAAAAAUCAACCGUGAUUGCAAGUUAUAUAGUCUCUUAUAUUCGUAGACCUUUGAACGAAAAGGAGGAAGAGAAAAAAAAAAUAAAAUAAAAUAAAAAAAAAAAUAAAAAAAAGACGUUCGCUUUGAAUUAAGGGAGCAGGGCUGUAAAGCGUAAAUACAAUUCCGUUGUACAAAAAACACGAACACACACACACAAAUCACACGCAUCACAACACACACAUACAUAAGCAUACACAUACACAUACGUACAUAAAUAUGGUUAAUCAAUCGUCGUUUCAUCUAAGCUUUUCACGAGUAGGUAAAACGCGUGCAUAUCCGUGUACGUACGAAAUAAAUAAAUACGUACGAUAUGUAUCUUUUUUCAAUCAUUCAGGGUAGCUUUCGCGGUAAAUAGCUUUUACGAUUUGUAUUCAUCGUACAAUGAUGUAAUGCAUAAUUCAUGCAAAAGCGAGAAAGGAAGGAAGAACGAGUCUUCGACUUGAGAGAAAAAAGAAAAGAAAAGAGAAAGAAAAAGAAAAUUGUAGAAAAUUCGAGUCGAUCCAUUGUACAAAGGAAAAAGAUAUGAUACGAUCCCUCGAUAUUUUUCUUCUUUUUUUUUUUUUUAAUUUCCUCUCAUUUCUCAGACGAAGAAAUUCGGAUAAAAUAUAAAAUACAAUAAUCGAAUUGGUCGAAUCGAAAUCAAAAAUGGAUGGAACGAAAAUAUAGAUAAAAGUAAAAGAAAGGAAGAAAAAAAAUAUGAAACGUGAUUCCAGAUCAUUAACGUUUAAUUCGAAUGAAUUCUGGGUACAUUUUUUCUAUAUUGAUUACUAUUAUUAUUGUUAUUGUUGUUAUUAUUAUUAUUGUUAUUAUUAUUAUUAUUAUUAUCAUCAUCAUCAUCGUCGUUAUCAUCGUCAUCAUCUCGAUUAUUGACUAUUAAUAUUCACUAUUGUUAUAUCAUAAAAAGAAUAACUAUUACUACCACCACUAUUACUUAUUAAAAUAACCGCUACUACCGCUAUAAUUACUUAUGUAAAGUGAUUAUCGCUAUUUGUAAACGUAUAUAUUCUUAUUACGAACUUUUUGGCGAGAUUGCAUCGGGCGAGGAGAUAUACAUAUAUAAAUAUAAUAUAAUACCGACUUCGAAUCGAACGUGCCACUUCAAUUCUUCAGCAAUAUCGCGGUGUAAGAAGGGAAAAGGAUAAAAGAAGAGAGAAAAAAAAGAAAAAAGAGAAAAAAAAAAG